GUUUUGCAUGGCAUGCCGUGUCUUACAUCAGAUUGUCACUAAAAAUUUUAAUUUUUGUAAUUUCAUUGAUUUUAAUAAACACAUCGUAAAGAUGUCUACAAUUUCGAAAAAUGAGUUAAAAAGGCAAAUGAAGGCUGAACAAAAGGCCAAGGAGAAAGCAGAAAAAGAGAAAGAAAAGCAACAGCGUCUUCCAGUGUCUGAAACCGUAGAAAAAGUUGAAGAUCCAACAGAUGCUGCAGAGUACUUUCGAAUCCGAUGUGAGGCGAUAGAACAUUUAAAAACCAUUGGUGAAAAUCCAUAUCCGCAUAAGUUUCAUGUAUCAAUUUCUUUGUCCAAUUUUAUUGAGAAAUACAAUGAUCUAGAACCUGCUCAAAUAUUAAAAGAUGAAACUGUCAGCGUGUCUGGCAGAGUUCACGCAAAGAGAGAAUCUGGGGCUAAGUUAAUUUUCUACGAUUUAAGGGGUGAAGGUGUUAAAAUUCAAGUCAUGGCUCAUGCGAAUCAUUACAGUUCCGAAGAGGAAUUUUUGCAAAUCAACAAUCGUCUGCGCCGAGGUGACAUCAUCGGCUGUAUUGGACACCCUGGAAAAACCAAGAAAGGCGAAUUAAGUAUCAUACCUACUUCCAUUCAAAUUUUGGCACCAUGUUUACAUAUGUUGCCUCAUUUGCAUUAUGGGUUGAAAGAUAAGGAAACUAGAUUUAGGCAGAGAUAUUUAGAUUUAAUAAUUAAUGAUUUUGUCAGGCAGAGAUUUAUUUUUAGAGCAAAAGUGACAAACUACAUUCGGAAUUUCUUCACCGAAAUGGGAUUUCUGGAGGUCGAGACCCCCAUGAUGAACAUGAUUCCAGGAGGUGCUACUGCCAAGCCUUUCAUUACUCAUCACAAUGAUCUUGACAUGGAUUUGUAUAUGAGAGUUGCUCCAGAGUUGUACUUGAAAAUGCUAGUUGUUGGUGGCCUGGACAGAGUUUUUGAAAUUGGUCGACUUUUCAGAAACGAAGGCAUCGACCUGACCCACAAUCCGGAAUUUACGACUUGCGAAUUUUACAUGGCCUAUGCAGAUUACAACGAUCUGAUGUUGAUUACCGAAACUCUCAUUUCUGGUAUGGUCAAAAUGUUGAAGGGUUCGUACAAAAUCCAGUACCAUCCGGACGGCCCAGAGGGAGAAGCGUUUGAAAUAGAUUUUACUCCACCGUUUAAAAGAGUGAAGAUGUUGCCUGGUCUGGAAGCAGCCAUGGGUGAGAAGUUGCCUGAGCCAAAAGAUCUCCACCUGCCUGAAUCUAACAAGAUGUUAUCUGAUCUGUGUAUCAAGCAUGAGGUGGAAUGCCCUGCGCCACGUACCACUGCCAGACUCCUUGACAAGCUUGUUGGUCAUUUUCUUGAAGAGACUUUCGUUAACCCCACAUUUCUCUGUGAGCAUCCUGAAAUCAUGAGCCCAUUAUCCAAAUGGCACCGUUCCGUGCCUGGCUUGACCGAGCGAUUUGAGAUGUUCGCCAUGAAGACUGAAGUUGUCAAUGCUUACACGGAGUUGAACGACCCUAUGGUGCAAAGGAAGAGAUUUGAACUCCAAGCUCAAGACAAGGCAGCAGGUGACGAUGAGGCACAGUUAGUUGAUGAGAAUUUUUGCACUGCUCUAGAAUAUGGAUUGCCCCCGACUGGUGGUUGGGGCAUGGGAAUAGAUCGAUUUGUGAUGUUGCUAACGGAUACUAACAAUAUCAAAGAGGUGUUGUGUUUCCCGGCUAUGAAACCAGAGUCUAAUAUUAAACCAAAAGAGGAAGGAACUCCUACAAAAAGCCCUCAAAAUUAGGAGUUCCUUGGUCAAUUUAACAUUAUUUAUUAAGCAUUUAAGGUUAUUUAAAUUUUUGUCUCAAAGAAUGUUUUUUGUUUAUUCUCUUUCAAAAAUGUUAAAAACUGGUUAUAUUGAAAGCACAAUCGAUGCAUAUUUUCUCUUCAAAUAAAAUAAUCUAA